GAUAUACAAUUAUUUUACAGAUAAGAAUGGUGUGAUUCUCGAUAAUUCUGGUUGGCAUAAUUCCUUAUAUAUCGAUCAGAGUGUGAUAUAUGUAUUCCUAUGUAAUUUAGAACUCUUGAAACUCUUGCUGUGAAUUAUGCUUUAUAGUAGACAGUUCAAAUGGCCGGCUUUAAUUUUAAAUAAAUAUUAUAAAAAUUUUAAAUUUAACAAAUUGUGACAGUAACCAAUAUCCGAUUCCGUCCGAAAGUAGUACACACUCAAUUGCUCAUUUUUAAAUCGAUUUAUAAUUAAACUAAAAAAUAUUCAAAAUAGACAACAUUAACAGUUCGUUCAACUAUAAUUUACUUUACAUUUGUUCGAAUUUAGACAAUUAUUUUUAAUUUCACUUUUUGAUUUGUUCAACGCAAGCGAAUUUCAAUAGAAGCGAAAAAUUCUCAUCGAAACUUGUUGAAAUGGAGAUCUCUUGGAAAUUCUGUGGACUCGCGUUAAUAUAUCUAAUGUGCUCAAGCCGUUUGGUAGAUACAUUUACAAGACUGACAAAUAUCGACUGCAAAGCGUUCGAUAAACCUUUCGCCGAUUUCAAAAGUUGCCGUCUGCAUGUGCCAAAACGUGGAGAAAUCGCAUUAUCUUUGCAUGUGCGACUCUUUCAGGUACCGGUUAAUAAUGUCAGUAUAAAUCUCUCGUUUUUCAAGAAAGCCAGUGGCUACCGUUCAUUUCUGUAUAAUGUUUCGGCCGAUUUUUGCGCUUUUAUGGCGAACAAGAAGCGUUAUCCCUUUCUAAAUAUAUUCUUUGACAUUCUUCUGAAAGAAUCGAACAUUAAUCACACCUGUCCCUAUAGCCAUGACAUAAUUGUGAAAAAUCUGAUAUUGCGGGACGAAAUGUUUGGUCGAAUACCGGUGCCAGCGGGCGAAUACAUGUUCAAAUUAAUGGUGGGCGCCUAUAAUGAAUGGAAAGCCGAUGUGAAGGCUUACUUCUCAAUACGCCUCAAUAAAAGAGAACGUUAAAGUGGCAGUUCACUUAAUUUCAUUAUACAAAAAUAAAUAUAUUGUUAUUCUACAAUAUAGAGUUGUGCAUUAAGAGCAACUAAAGAGUAUUCUUUAGAAAAUUCUGUCUAAAAUUGUCUAAGAUUGGUUUAGAGUAAGUAUGUGUCAAGCAAUACGACCUGUGCUCUAUUAUACUCUUCCAUCAUAUCAUGUCACUUCACCUAACCGAAUCUGGAUAUUUGCAGACCGUAACGAUACCUACUUGUUUUUUCUGCUUUCAGGUGGUUCUUCCUAUUGGUGUGUGUUUACAGAAAAGCAAAGUUUCCAUCUUUUCGACUUCCUUGGCUAGGUGCAUAUAUUUUCCUCUUUUUUGAGAGUAAUAGAUAGAGGUCUAGUAAUUCAUUUUCUUCGUACCGAAAUUA